CCCUCCCUCUCGAUGAGAAUUCCUCCAUACCUGUCUGAACAGGGAGAGCCGGAGUGCCGUGGGGCAGAGGAAAGAAAGGAAUAAAGGACGAAAGAAAGAGGGCAGGGGUAAAAAAGAAGAAAGGGAAUUAAGAGUGACAAAGUAGGAGGAACAAAGGGCACAUAUUUAAAGAGCACACAAACAGGAACGAGUCGUGUCAGAGAAAAUUUGAGAGCAGAGAGAGAGCAGAGAGAGAGCGAGAGGCGAGUUUAUCAAGGUCUUGAGGUUUCAAGAUUUGCCGUAUCCCGUUCCCUGCUGGGCUGUUUUUUAACUUUCCUGAGUCCCUGUGGCUAUUUUGGUCUGUCACUGUCUGAGCGGUUUAGGAUGGAUGCCAUCAUGCUGCAAGAAAAACUGGUGGAACGGCUGCUGUGCCCACGAGUGAGAACGGCCCGCCAGAAGGAGAAACAGUAUGUGGGUUUUGCGACUCUGCCCAACCAGGUCCACAGGAAGUCUGUGAAAAAAGGCUUUGACUUCACACUGAUGGUGGCAGGAGAGUCUGGUAUGGGUAAAUCCACCCUGGUCAACAGCCUCUUCCUCACAGACCUCUACAAAGACAGGAAGCUACUGAAUGCUGAGGAGCGCAUCAACCAAACAGUGGAGAUCAUCAAACACACCGUAGACAUUGAGGAGAAGGGGGUCAAGCUCAAGCUGACCAUCGUGGACACGCCAGGAUUCGGAGACGCCGUCAACAACAACGAGUGCUGGAAGCCGAUCACAGACUACAUAGAUCAGCAGUUUGAGCAAUACUUCAGGGAUGAGAGCGGACUGAACAGAAAGAACAUCCAGGACAACAGAGUCCACUGCUGCCUCUACUUCAUCCCUCCAUUUGGGCACGGGUUACGUCCUGUCGAUGUCGAGUUCAUGAAGGCUCUGCACGAAAAAGUGAACAUAAUUCCGCUCAUUGCGAAAGCUGACUGCCUCACACCCAAUGAGAUUAAAAAGCUCAAAGACCGGAUACGAGAGGAAAUAGACAAGUUUGGGAUCAAAGUUUACCAGUUCCCUGAAUGUGACUCUGAUGAGGAUGAAGAGUUUAAACAACUUGACAAAGAGCUGAAGGAGUGCACCCCUUUCGCUGUGAUCGGCAGUAAUACAGUGGUGGAGGCUCGGGGGCAGAGAGUGAGAGGGAGACUGUACCCUUGGGGUAUUGUUGAAGUGGAGAACCAGUCGCACUGUGACUUUGUCAAACUGAGGAACAUGCUGAUUCGUUCGCACAUGCACGACCUCAAAGACGUGACCUGCGACGUCCACUAUGAAAACUACAGAGCGCAGUGCAUACAGGAGAUGACCAGUAAACUGGCUCAGGACAACCGUAUGGAGAGUCCCAUCCCCAUCCUGCCGCUGUCCACUCCAGAUGUGGACACUGAGAAACUCAUCAAAAUGAAAGACGAGGAGCUGAAGAGGAUGCAGGAGAUGCUGAACAAGAUGCAGCAGCAGAUGCACGAGAAAGACCAGUGACCACCCCUACCCCCCCUCUCCUGACCCCGCCCCCACAGCGGAGCCGUGUGCCGCAGCGCCACCUGCUGUUUCUCCCCCCGAACGACAGCGAGACCUUCAGAGGUUGAACGAUGGAUAUCAUGUGUUAGUGGCAACUCUGGCUGUACAUUUAUCUUCAGUUUGGUGCUUUGUAUAGUUUGUCUGCCUGAAGGGUUGUUGAAUCAGAAGGUUUCUCUUCUCUGAAAUGAUCCGUUUGCCCUUCCUCGCCCCUCCCGCUGUGGUUUAACAGUCUUAACAUAUAUAUUAUUAAUGCGUAAUUUAAAUUACUACUCAGUGUAUCUAAUUUAUAAAUGCAAUGCUAGACUUUUUGGAUAUUCUGUCAGGGUAUGGACACGUGUGCUAUGAGAUGUUUUGUAAAGAAAUUUAGGUUGUUGGUGAUGUUUAGAUUUGAACAUGGAUAUUGUUUUUUUAUUGUGUGUUUGUAUGUGUGUGUGUGUGUGUUCGAGUGUGCGAGUGUAUGUAUUCUGUGAAAUUUCCUUUGAUAUCACCAGGUAUCCGUCCAUAAAACCCCCAUUUUCUUUGACAAAGGUACCACAGUGACUUUACUUUGUAUUAAAACCCCAAUUUUUCGCUCUCUGAUCCUCAUAAAUACCUUCAUGUAACUUCUUUUUUUUUUUAACAUAUGGCAAGUCAAAAUAUCCUCUCCCAGCAUUUUUUCUAUGUGCUGGCUGAGCUGAAAAUGCACUUAUUGCCAGUGGCUAACUGUGAAUGGAGAGCCUUUGACAUAAUGAGAGGGUUGGUGCAUGUGCAAGCAUGCUGCCAUUACUCAUAUCCGCUAAACGCUGUGGGCCUAUUUUUACUGCUUUAUAGCCGAUGCCCUGUGCUUGUAUUAAAACGCAUCAUGACCUACAGUAUGCUUCGUUGCCACUAUGAGAUGGUGAAAACAGAUUAACAAUAAUGAGGAGAAAAUGCUGUGUUUAUGCUUCUGUUAUAAAUCCCUCUCCUUGGAAGUGAAGAUGUGUAUCCUGUUAGUUAAGAGUGUGUGUGUGUGUGUGUGUGUGUGUGUGUGUCUGUGUGUCUGUGUGAUGACUCCGCUGAUGCUGAGGAACAGUACAUAUUUUGCCUGAAGGCUGUGAGCUCAGCCCCGCGCCCCGUUUAUAUAAAGGUGUGACAAAUAAACCCUUGUUUCUCGUCA